CUGCCGCUUGCCGCCUCGUUAGAUGAUAAGCAGCUGGCUAAAGACGAAGCCAUCCCGCCGGCGUACUCCACCUUGGACCUGGUGACCGAGGACCCCCCCGAAGAAGAUCCCUGGGAUCUCCCCGAUCUCAAAGACACCGGGAUCCAGUGGUCAGAUCUGGAUACAAGAGGAAAGGUUUUGAGAGUGCUGACUGCUAUCGUAAAGCUGGUUCUUCUGCUCGGAUUACUCUACUUGUUUAUUUGCUCCUUGGAUAUUCUCAGCUCUGCUUUCCAGCUGGUUGGAGGCAAAGCUGCUGGUGACAUCUUCCAGGACAACGCUGUGUUAUCCAACCCUGUGGCUGGGUUGGUGAUCGGGGUAUUAGUCACAGUGCUGGUUCAGAGCUCCAGCACCUCCUCCUCUAUUGUGGUCAGCAUGGUGUCCUCUGGCUUGCUGGAAGUCGAGUCCGCCGUGCCGAUCAUCAUGGGAGCCAACAUCGGGACGUCCGUCACCAACACCAUCGUGGCCAUGAUGCAGGCCGGAGACCGCAACGAGUUCCGAAGGGCCUUUGCAGGUGCUACGGUCCACGAUUUCUUCAACUGGCUGUCUGUGCUGAUUCUUCUGCCCCUGGAGGUGGCCACGGGCGUCUUGUACAAGCUCACCCACCUCCUGAUCGAAUCCUUCAACAUCCAGAGCGGAGAGAACGCCCCCGACCUGCUCAAUGUCAUCACCGACCCUCUCACAGACUCCAUCAUCCAGUUGGACAAAUCUGUCAUCACUGGGGUUGCCACCGGUGACCCGGAGGCACGAAACAAGAGUCUCAUCAAAAAGUGGUGCAAGACCGAGACCAACACGACUUUCUGGAAUGUCACCGUGGGGAGCUGCCCCGCAGGUGCCGUGUGCUGGACCGAAGGAAACCAGACCUGGACCCAGAUGAACUUCACCUGGACUGACUACCAAGAGAAAUGCAAACACAUAUUUGCCCACGUGGACUUGCCGGACCUGGCGGUGGGCCUCAUUCUCCUGGCCCUGUCGCUGCUCGUCCUCUGCACCUGCCUGAUCCUCAUCGUCAAGCUGCUCAACUCCAUGCUGAAGGGACAGGUGGCCGUGGUCAUCAAGAAGGUGCUUAACACAGACUUCCCCUUCCCCUUCACUUGGGUCACCGGCUAUAUUGCCAUUUUGGUGGGAGCGGGCAUGACCUUUAUUGUCCAGAGCAGCUCCGUAUUUACCUCCGCCAUAACCCCUCUUGUUGGCAUCGGCGUCAUUAGCCUGGAGAGAGCUUAUCCUCUGACGCUGGGGUCAAACAUCGGCACGACAACCACGUCGAUACUAGCUGCUAUGGCGAGCCCGGGGGAAACGCUAGCCAACUCCCUGCAGAUUGCACUGUGCCACUUCUUCUUCAACAUCAUGGGCAUCUUGCUGUGGUAUCCCAUCCCCUUCAUGCGGGUGCCCAUCCGGCUGGCCAGAGGCCUGGGGAACCGAACAGCCAAAUACCGCUGGUUCGCUGCCCUCUACCUCAUCUUGUGCUUCUUGGUCCUGCCCCUGGGUGUGUUCGGCCUGUCCCUGGCUGGCUGGCAGGUCCUGGUGGGCGUGGGCGUGCCCAUCAUCGUGCUGACGGUCCUGAUAGUCGUCAUCAACGUGAUGCAAUCUCGAAGCCCCCGCUUCCUGCCUAAGGUCCUUCGCGACUGGAAGUUCCUGCCCCGGCCGCUGCGCUCCAUGGCGCCGUGGGACAAAGCGGUGACCUCCAUGUUGGGCGUCUGCGGCAGCCGCUGCUGCUGCUGCUGCUGCAGGUGCAGCGACUGCUGCCGGAAAGACGAGGAGGGCGAGAAGAUCUCCAGGAGCAGCAUGAAGAGCCUGGAGACGUACGACAACCCGGCCAUUUGCGUGGACGAAGACUUUAAAGCCACCCGUCUGUAACGCCGUUCUCUUUUUAAGGGCCUGAAUGCAAAACCUAAUGCAAUAACGUGUUUGCAACACACUUGUGAAUGUUUAAUACUUCUCAGGUUGUGUCAUGGUAUUGAUCACACAACGCACUAUAGCAAACAUUGUCUGUCUGAGAGUAGGAACACUGGAAUCUUCUCAUGAGCCCUCGGUUGUUGGGCAUACAAAGGGUUCUAUCAUAAUGGUUUUAGAGUAUUGUACAGAUUCACUGUCUGCUAUGACUCCAUAUGGGAGUGAAUGCGAAUGAGUUGAUUUAUUUUUGUAUUUAAUAUGAUGUGUAGAAGGAGCUUUUUGGUUUUAUUUCCGUGCUUGACAAACUUUAAACGUGUAAUGUAGCAUUUAACAUGUGACCUUAUUGACAUGUAAUAUUCCUCAGUAUUUAAGUCUAUAUAAUAUUUGUAAAUAAA